AUCACCGUUGCGGGGCGCUACUGGGUAAACCGAAGAGAUGAUGAUGAUGAUGGACCUUCGGCUUUCUCCCGAAUAGCAAAAGCGGCUUUACAACUUUUCAGUUUUUCCUUUAAGAUUUUAUAUUCACACACACACACGCAGAGAUACUGAGACUGUCUGUGAGGCUUUAGAUCAAGCUGAGCGUUAAAACUCGAACUGAAACGCCCUCACAUUAAACACGGCUUUAAUGGUAAUGCAUGCACGGAAACAACCGAGACUCACUGAUGGGUGUAACGAGCGAAGGGAUUAUCAGUCUUACCAGACCCUCAAGUACCAAUCCAAAAGUCACUCUGCCAACGAGCACCGUCAUGACAAGCUCCACAACUCCUCGGACCAAACCCCGCCGAGCAAGAUGCUGCGGCGCUCCGACAGUCCCGACAGCAAGCGAGGUGAUGGAGACGGGAGAACGCCUCACGCAAACCGACCCAAAGAGAGCAGCACCAGCUCUUCUCCACAUGAGAACUCUGUCAAUCACGGCCACCACAGCGCCAACUCUCACCCACUUCCACCCAAAUGUGCAGAGAUGCGUGAUCCGGCUGACGACUGGUCCGAACACAUCAGCUCGUCAGGAAAGAAAUACUACUACAACUGCAGAACAGAGGUGUCACAGUGGGAGAAGCCCAAGGAAUGGCUGGAGAGAGAGCAGCGACAGAAGGAAGCCUCUAAGGCCGUUGUGGUCAACAGUUUUCCCAAAGACAGAGAUUACAGACAGGAGGCCAUGCAGGCGGCCGCUGCCACUGCCGUCACUGCUAUGAAGCCCGCUCCGUCUGAGAAGGCGUCGUCUCACUGCACGUUCACCCAGGCGUCCUGCAGCACCUCCGGCGGCCUGAAUGUCUCCAACACUCCCGGUUCGUCCACGUCGUCCUCGUCGCACUCCUCGGCUCUCCUGCAGGACCCGGCUCUCCUCAGGCAGCUGCUUCCGGCGCUCCAGGCCACGCUGCACAUCAACAACUCCAGCGUGGACAUGGCCAAGAUCAACGAGGUCCUCACAGCUGCUGUCACCCAAGCUUCCUUACAGUCUAUGCUUCAUAAACUUCUCACUGCUGGACCGUCUGCUUUCAACAUCACUGCUCUGCUUUCCCAAGCCGCUCAGUUGUCCACACAAGCUCAGCAGCCGAGCCAGUCGCCCAUAUCCGUGACUCCUGAUGCCUCAUCGCCCAAGUCCUGCCUCGUGUCUCCCCGAGUCAGCACGCCUCAGACGAACAGCAUGGCCUCGAAACCUCUCCCGAAUGCCAGCUCUCUGCCGACUCAAAUCAAGGUUAGCGACUCGGCGGUGAAAUCAGCGCUCCAGCACUCCUCGGACAAAGCGCCGGACGUCGAGGACCCGAGGCUUCAAAGGCAAAACAGCCAAGGGCCGCUGAGUUCAGGGCCGAACGGGUGCCUGUUGAAUAACAGCGCGCCUGCGUGUCCUCCAACCACCUUCAGCCCGUCACUAGCACUGCACUUCAACGAGAAUCUCAUCCGACAUGUUCAGAGCUGGCCUUCAGACCACGUAGAGAAGCAGGCGGCGCGGUUACGCGAGGAGGUUCACAACAUGGGCAGCAUGAACAUGUCUGAGAUCUGCGUGGAGCUGAAAAAGCUGCGCUCUCUGGUGCGAGUGUGUGAGAUCCAGGCCACGCUGAGAGAGCAGAGGAUCCUCUUCUUGAGACAAGAGAUCAAGGAGCUCGAGAAACUGAAGAACCAGAACUCCUUCAUGGUUUGAGAAGCAGUGAUGUCGGGUAAAGCAAAAGGAACUCAGCAGCUGGCUGCCUUUUUCUGAACCGUGGACCUACAGACUGGACUGGACUGGACUUUCUCUCCAAAGCUGGAGAACCAAAAAAAAAAAAAAAAAAAGAAAAUAAAAAGCUCACCAAUGGUCACGCUGUUUGCUACACAAAACCCCAAGGUUCAUCCACAGAUUCAUCGUUGUACAUACACCUCUCUAUAUCCAACAGCAAAACAAAACACGAUAGGGCGGCAUGCGGGGAAGCUCCCGGGGGGGAAAAAAAAACCCAGCGGUUUAUUUAGGGUGAUGAGGAAAUGAACCCUUGGAUAAACUGCGUGAUUAAAUUUGCGCCGCAACUUUCGGUUCAUUUCCAGUCUCACAGGCUCGUCGUUUAGGAUUUUUCCAAUCUGCUUUCACAAAGCGUGCGCAUCCUUCGUGGAGACAGGACGGAUAGAUCUGUCCUAAAUAAACAAAAGCUGUUUAUCCGGUCAGAGAGGAUCCUGUCUCGUUACUUGUCAUGUUUAAUGUGCUUCAGUAUGGCCUUGACUUUUUCUACUAAUUUUUUGUUCUUUUUUUUUUGUUUUUUUUUUUUACAUGUGUAUUAGGUCAUCUGAGGUCAAAAACGUUCCCUUGCCACGUGCUUCUAGAGUAACAUCCGUACACCCUGACAAUUCUCCACCCCGGUUUCCACACCUUCAGGCGUCUGUUAUGAUUUACGACAGCAUUUGCACUAACUGAUUUGAUAUGAACCCACUUUGUGUAUCUUUAACCCAACUUAUCCGCUGUAAGUACUUAACGAGGCUCAAUCCAUUAAACCUCAUUUUGCCUCUG